AGAGGACAGGAUGCCAACAGCAAAACCGCAGCGACGUCUCUCUGCCUUGGGGCUCAGAGCAGAUGGCCGGGACCUCCCGCUAACGCCUGCCGCAACCCAAGGAGGAGACAAAAGUCACCUCCCGGGCUGCAACAUUAACCGUCAUCAGCGCGCCUCUUCAGCGCACUGCGCCAACCCUGCGGCAGGAGGAGGCGGAGCCCCCGCUCUUGCCCCGCCCCCACCUCACGUGACACACACGGCGCCUCGAGGCCGGAAGCGGUUGCGAGCCAGCGCGCGCGCUUCGACGUUCCCGGCGGUCUACGAAGUUUCCGGAGCCCCGGUCCCGCCGCGGGUUCGCGCUUGUGCUCGCGCUCGUUCCCGGAGACGGCGGCCGCUGCGCGCGCUCGUUGCCCAACCCGGUCCCCGCCCCCAGACACUCCGGGCUCUCGGGGCACCACAGCCAUGUGCUCGUUAGCGUCAGGCACUACCGGCGGCCGGGGCGCUGUGGAGGAUGAGGAGGACCUGCCAGAACUGUCGGACAGCGGGGACGAGGCCGCCUGGGAGGAUGAGGACGAUGCAGAUCUCCCCCACGACAAGCAGCAGACCCCCUGCCUGUUCUGUAACAGGUUAUUCACAUCUGCUGAAGAAACGUUUUCACACUGUAAGUCUGAGCAUCAAUUUAAUAUUGACAGCAUGGUUCAUAAACAUGGACUUGAAUUUUAUGGCUACAUUAAGCUAAUAAAUUUUAUUAGACUUAAGAAUCCUACAGUUGAGUACAUGAAUUCCAUAUACAACCCAGUGCCUUGGGAGAAAGAAGAGUAUUUGAAGCCAGUAUUAGAAGAUGACCUUUUACUUCAAUUUGUAGAGACAAGGUUUCACCAAAUUGGCCAGGCUGGUCUUGAACUGUUGGCCUCAAGUGAUCUGCCUGCCUCAGCCUUCCAAAGUGCUGGGAUUACAGAUGUAGAAGAUCUUUAUGAACCAGUGUCAGUACCCUUCUCAUACCCCAAUGGACUCAGUGAAAAUACAUCUGUUGUUGAAAAAUUGAAACAUAUGGAAGCCAGGGCACUGUCUGCUGAAGCCGCAUUGGCUAGAGCACGUGAGGAUCUGCAAAAAAUGAAACAAUUUGCUCAGGAUUUUGUGAUGCAUGCAGAUGUCAGAACCUGCUCGUCAUCUACUAGUGUCAUUGCGGACCUCCAGGAGGAUGAGGAUGGUGUUUAUUUCAGCUCAUACGGGCAUUAUGGGAUACAUGAAGAAAUGCUAAAGGACAAAAUACGAACAGAAAGCUACCGAGAUUUCAUAUACCAAAAUCCACAUAUCUUCAAAGACAAGGUAGUUUUGGAUGUUGGGUGUGGAACUGGAAUUCUCUCUAUGUUUGCUGCUAAAGCUGGGGCGAAGAAGGUUCUUGGAGUUGAUCAAUCUGAAAUACUUUACCAGGCAAUGGAUAUUAUAAGACUAAAUAAACUUGAAGAUACUAUUACACUAAUUAAAGGAAAGAUUGAAGAAGUUCAUCUUCCUGUAGAAAAAGUAGAUGUUAUCAUAUCUGAGUGGAUGGGCUAUUUUCUUCUGUUUGAGUCUAUGUUAGAUUCUGUCCUUUAUGCAAAGAACAAAUACUUGGCAAAAGGAGGCUCGGUCUACCCUGACAUUUGCACUAUCAGCCUAGUAGCAGUGAGUGAUGUGAAUAAACAUGCUGAUAGAAUUGCUUUUUGGGAUGAUGUCUAUGGCUUCAAGAUGUCCUGCAUGAAGAAAGCAGUUAUUCCAGAGGCUGUUGUGGAAGUUUUAGAUCCGAAGACUCUUAUUUCAGAACCUUGUGGUAUUAAGCAUAUAGAUUGCCAUACAACGUCUAUCUCAGAUUUGGAGUUUUCAUCAGAUUUUACCCUGAAAAUCACAAAGACAUCCAUGUGCACGGCAAUUGCUGGCUACUUUGAUAUAUAUUUUGAGAAGAAUUGCCACAACAGGGUCGUGUUCUCUACGGGCCCUCAGAGCACCAAAACACACUGGAAACAAACAGUAUUUCUACUGGAAAAACCAUUUUCAGUUAAAGCAGGUGAAGCCUUGAAAGGAAAGGUCACAGUUCAGAAGAAUAAGAAAGAUCCACGUUCUCUCACCGUGACCCUCACAUUGAAUAAUUCAACUCAAACUUAUGGUCUCCAGUGAAAAAGCCAUAAAAGCACACUACCUUGUAGUUUUUAAUGUGAGGGUAGAGUGGGUCAGCAGGAGGGAGCUGGUUUUAUGUGAGCAGAUGGAUGGAUGAUGGACCCUUUCCUAAUGAGCCUCCUCAAUAAGAGAGAAGUUCUUAUUGUGGGAAUCUGACAUAGUUCAGCUGAGGAAGAGAAUCAGCUGAUCCUCGUGAUCUGCCACGUAAUCAUUUUCUUAGAAGUUUGCUCCACCAGAUUUAACCAAAUGUAACUCCCACAUUGAGUUUAUCUGUAUUGAAAAUCAUUUACAUUGGCCUGUAUUUGGAAGAGAGAUAGUCUUUUGUUUUUAGUAAGCUUCUUACUAUAAAUUUUAAACAAAUUGGUUAGUUAUUUGGAUAUUUUAUUAAACUGGUAACACAGGUAGUACACAUUUUAUUAUGGACUCCUCUGAGGAGGAGUUUUUAAUUGUAUUUGCUAGAAAAUCAGGAUGUAAUAAAGAUUAGUGUAGAAAAACUAAAAUACGGAAAAGAGCUUCAGCCUUCAUAUACAAAUCAUAUAUGCAGACAGCCUAGUUGAUUGUCCUAUCUAGCAUACUUAAGUUUCUCAUUUUGUAGUUUCUUCCCUCUUUGUAACUAUUCCUUAGCCUUAUAGAUUUCUAGUACUGCCCAGGAAAUCUAAUUUCAAUACAUUUAUCCUAGGUUUCAUGACAGUUUUUAAAGAUUGGGAUAAAAUACGUACUUAUUUACUAAUGUAUUAUCUUUUUCAAACCAGAUUUAUAUGCAAAGGUUAAACAUGUAACUGUUACUAUACUUAGCACUCUAUAAAGUUGUCAUUUACAAUUACUGAUUCAAUUUGAAAUGUAGAAUGAAAAAGUUUUAAUAAAAUGUAUCAAACAACUUACAAAA